UGAGCACUGAUUCUGCGAGAAAGAAAAUGUGACUGGUGAUAUUUCAGUGUUUAUCUCAGCACUAGCUCGGAUUGUAGGUAUGCCCCGCUCAAGUCCAUGCACACAGCUUGUUUUGAUCCUUGAACACCUGCCACCGGGGAUAAAAAUCUGGCUUUACGUCAAUUCACAUUCAUCCAAAUCGAACGGCACAGCGGGACAAACAUACAAUAAGCACUUUUGGUUUCAGCCUGCACGAUGCGUGCCAAGCCAUAUGUCGGAUUCACAUCAGCACUAAACCGAUGGCCGAAUGAGGAAGGUGAUCAAUUGAUGGAUGUCCUGAUACGCCCGAGAUUUACGAUCCCAUCGAGACAAAUUUGUGGUUGGAUCCGAGCCUCUGGACUUGUUGUGUAAAAGCAGCAAUACCUGAUAGCCUGGUCAACAUUGCCCCAAUCAUGGCGUCUGAUAUGGAAGUCAACGUCACAAAUCAUACCCCAAGAGCCACAGAGCUUUUCAAAUACUCAAAAUCGUGGCACAGCUCUAUUUUAGGAAGGUGUUGUACGCAGAAUGUUUGAUCAGUUCCAUGCAGUGAAUUUAGUGUUGACGUCAAGUUCAACAUCCAUCUCUGCCAAUAGGAUCUCUUUUACGACUUCACAGUCGACAGACUUUGCUUGACACAGACCAGCUACUUGUACCCAAGCACUACCUAUUGGCGUAGGGACAAUACCGUAAACCACGGACAGUGACCAUGGACUGGAUCAAAUGUCGCUGGCAGCAACAAUCAUACAAAAGACUUGAACUUCGAGAUCAACAUUCAAAUUCGGACAUUACAGAAAAGAACCAACGUCAAGGUCGCCAUGAGUUCUCAUACGCAGUAACAUUGGUCAAUUUAUUGCUCACAAUCUUGACCAUCACGAUCGUCUUUGUGCAUCACAACGGGCCAAGACAACACAUAUUAGCCAGCGAGGAAUGCAUCUGUCCAGAAACAUGGACCGAUGCCCGGUACGAAUACCCAGGGAUGAAUACAGAUUUGAAACAAGUUACAGGAUACUCCCCCCUCCUCGAUGAAGUUGACCUCACUCCGCAACCCAAAACUCUCAACGGCGCUUUCCAUUCCAACACCACGAUAUUCAUGCAAGACCCCUCACCCGCCGUCGAUGCCGCCUGGCUCUUCUUCUCCGAAGACAUAUUCCUCACCCCUUGGACCAGCGUUCGCUACUCCGGUCGCAGCCUCAGCAAAUCCAUACAUUUCGAGCCCGACUCUGCUGGUAACCCAGGGCAGUACAUCGCAACAUUUGACGUGUUUCAUCAGAUCCACUGUCUGAAUUGGUUGAGGAAGAGUGUGAAUUGGGAAUAUUAUUAUGGGGAGGAAAAGCCGACGGAGACUUAUUUGAUGCAUCAGAAGCAUUGCAUUCAUAUGUUGCUGCAGAGUUUAAUGUGUAAUGCUGAUGUGGACAUGGUUACGUUUGAGUGGAUGGAGGGGCACGAUGAGAGGGUUGAAAGUUUCGGGAAUGAGGAGAAAGAAGAUAACGGUGGUGAGGUGCAGAAGAGGAACCGGCAGGAUGCAAUUCCAGCAGCGAAUUUCAAUGUUCAUAAGAUGUGUAGGAAUUUUUCGGCAUUAGUUGAGUGGGCAAAGAAGAAUAAAGAGGAGGAUCCGGUACAGACGAGGAGAAAGUUGAGGGUGCCUGAUAAUAUACGGCUGAAUCGGCCAGAGGACUAUUAGAUUGUUUCUGAAUAC